AUGGAUCAGAGCAGGAACUGGAGGAUGGCAACUGAGCUCAUCUCAGUGGGCUUCACACAAACUGACUGGGUAGCCAGUCACAACUGGACUACUGUAUCUGAAUUCAUCCUGAUGGGCCUUCCCCAUGCGCCAGAGAUGGGCACCCUGCUCUUUUUGCUGUUCUUGGUCAUCUACCUCAUUACUAUAAUGGGGAACUCUCUAGUCUUGGUGGCCAUCUGGGUCGACCCACUUCUUCACAAGCCAAUGUACUUCUUUUUAAGCAACCUCUCCUUCCUUGACUUCUGGUUCUCCACAGUUACCCUUCCUAAGAUGCUCCAGGGCUUCCUAGAACCUCAUGGCACAGUCAUUUCCUUCAUGGGCUGCCUCGUUCAGCUAUAUUUCUCCCAGCUGUUGGGAAGCACUGAGUGUUUCCUCUACACAAUCAUGUCCUAUGACCGGUAUUUGGCAAUCUGCCACCCACUCCACUACAGCUCCAUCAUGGACAGGAUGAUGACCGUUCGUCUGGCCAUUGUCACAUGGGUAAUGGGUUUCUUUCAUUCUCUUCUGCAUACAUCCUUGACAUUCCACCUAACCUACUGUGGACCUUGGAAGAUUGAUCAUUUCUUCUGUGAUCCAACCCCUCUCUUGGAGAUUGCAUGCACAAAUACCUCCAUCAAUGAAGCCAUGAUCUUCUUCAGUAUUGGCGUUGUGGCCCUGGUCUGCCUCCUCCUCAUUCUGCUUUCCUACGGGAGCAUCUUGAGGGUCAUCUUGAAGCUUGGCAAUGCGGAGAGGAGGUACAAUGCAUUUUCCACUUGUGCUUCCCAUUUCACAGCUGUGGCUUGCUUCUACAUCCCUUGUGUCAUCACCUACAUGCGUCCCCACUCAAAAAGCACCCUAGAUAGGAUUGUGUCUAUUUUUUAUACCAUCCUCACCCCUUUGCUGAACCCACUGAUCUACACUCUGAGGAACAAGGAGAUGAAGGCAGCUCUGCAUAGGCUGAGGCACAGGGCAAAAUGUGCACCUGGUAAAUAA